GUCAAGAGCCAUUCACAAACACAAAACACAUUUUGAGCCUUCACAAAAAGCUGUGCUAGCAAAAUAAGGGCGUCGUUAAAUCUCUAUAUCUAAUAGUACACCAAGAGAAACAUGCUACAAAAAAAAACUCAGUUUAAUGAAAAACUCAAAUGUGCUUCUAGAACAUUUUAUUUUGAAAGCACACACAGGAAGUUCGUCGUUUCACUGUGACGUGUUACGUAAAUAAGUUGCUUAAGCGUAAAUGUUGUUUUCCAGUAGCCGGAAUUUUUUCACGUUUUAGCGACAUUAAUUCCACUGCCAAAGGAAAAAGGGUAUAGGUAUUUUAUCCAGAUGCUAUAUCUGAUGGUGUAACAUAGCUCCAAAAAGCGUUUGCGGACGAAAAGGAGUUGUUGACGUUACUCACUAGCUAUUAGUUAGCCAUAUACCAUAGCUCCACUUAAGUGUACUGCCUUUCCAUCGAGUUUGUAGCCGACCUUAGCAUUCUACUACCAAGUUCGGUUUACCGUUUAGUUUGGAUAGGAUGAACUGGCUUUUCCCCGUCUCAAAAGGCUCCGGACCUCACCCUCCACUCAACAGUCUUCAGCAACAAAGGCAGCGGCAGAUUGAGUCACUGAAAGCUGCUCAUCCCAGCAUUGCAGAAAUCCAGAAAGAUGUGGAGUACAGGAUCCCGUUUACAGUCAGCAACUCCACCAUCACUGUUAACAUUCUUCUUCCUCCUCAGUUCCCUCAGGAGAGGCCGGUAGUUAGUGUCUACCCUCCUGUUGGUCACCACCUUGUUGACAGCAAUAAUGGCACAGUGAUCACAAGCCCUCUCAUCAGUAAUUUUGGCAUGCACUCAGACCUCGGAAAAGUCAUUCAGAGUCUGCUAGAUGAAUUCUGGAAGAGUCCUCCUGCCCUGAUGUCCGCUGGCUCAUCUGGCUUUCCCUAUAUGUACAAGCCAUCAGGAAUGCCUCCUUACCCGACUCGGGGUUACCACUACGGUCCUCGCCAUGUUGGCCCAGGUCAUACGCCGUCUCCUGCACCAGCUCCAUCUGGGCCAGGUCCAGUGCUUCAUCCAGGGGUUGACGCUGUCCAUGGAUCUACUAGAGGUCCAGCUCCGUAUGGACUUCUUACUGACCUGCCAUUACCUGUACCUGUUGGAGAUUUGCAGGCUGGAAUAAAUGGACAUAUGUAUAAGAUGCCCGAGAUUCCUGAGUCUUUUGCUGAACUCUGUGACUUAAAUUUGACGCAGCUGUCCGACAUGUCUGAAAAUGAAGAUGUGUUACUAAGGUUCUUCAUGACAUUGCCACAACUAAAGCAGGUCACAAAUGACAAAGAGGAGUUGAUCACUAACAUAGUGGAUAUGGCAAAGAGAAACCUUCAGAUGGAACCACAACUGGAAGGGAAAAGACAAGAAAUGAUCUACAAGUUUGAACAGCUGACUCAUCUGAAGUCUGCCUUUGAGACAAAACUGCAGAGACAGCAUGAUCUCAGUGAGAGCUGCAGCCCAAGUACUCUUCAGGCGCGAUUGAAGGUGGCAGCACACCAGGCGGAGGAGGAUUCUGAGGAGACGGCUGAAAACUUUUUAGAGGGACGCACUGACAUAGAUGAAUUUCUGACCAGCUUCAUGGAAAAGAGAACACUUUGCCACAGCAGAAGGGCCAAAGAAGAGAAAUUGCAACAAUCAGUCAACACACAUGAACAGUUUCCUAGCAGCCACUAGAACAUAAGGUUUGCUGUAUUCUCAGCUACCUUCCGGCAACCAAAAAGAAUGAAGACAUUAGAUGUGCAAUGUCAACAGUGAGGACAGUUGGAGGAAUAGCAAGACGUUAGCAGACGUGGCAAUGUUAACUAACAGAAGUGCUCAGAUGGUUUUUGGUUUUGUGAAAGAAGGACUUCUGGGUCACCAAAGGAGGCCAGAAUUGGUACAUGCUUUGAGGUUCCAUACAAUAUUUUGUGUUGCACAUGCUGUACUGUUUUGAUUCAUCAGAGAAGACAAAAGAUUUAAAGAGUGGUAGGGUGAGGUGAACUCUGUUAGAAGUAUGACUAGCGUAGGACAGUAUUCCUUUAAUUAGUAAUAUUUUCUGGAGGAGGAAGAAUCACCAACACAAGACAGUUGUUAAAAUGCUAAUUUCGAGAUCUCUUAUUGACAUCUUUAGCAUCUGGCCAAGAAAAGAAGUGUUGUAAUGACGCAUGAUUCAUGUCCCAUUGAACCUCUUGUUUACUUACACUGAACAUGUUGCUGUUAUUUCCCCUCAGAAAUGGCAGCAUCAUUACGCUGUAGAGGUCAGGGAUUUAAAACCAACAAUUUAGUCAGUAACCUAAUUUCAGAUGUUGAAAUGGGAUAUAUACUGUAUUUAGAAAGGCAAAUAAUAUGGAUCAGUGUUCCCGAUACAUUCAUAUUUUACAACAUCAAGACAGUACUCUAAUAACACUAAUGGUUUAUGUCUUGUAUUGAAUGCAAGAAUGGUUUGAACGUUUUUUUUUAUGUAUUUAAUGCUGGUGAUAAUGGGGAAUUCAUCAAUACAGAGGAUGGACUAGGAUCUGCCGCCUGUUUGUGUUGCAUUCUUUAUGCGUUCAACUUUCCUCACAGUAAAAGUAAGCAUUGGUAACUUUUAAAGACUACAGGGUUUUUCUGGGUUCUGUUUGUGUGUGGUUCACUGGUGUUAGCACCACGGGCACACAUUUCCUCUCAUCAGUGGAGGAAAAAACUAAACUCAUCCUUUUAAGCAUUUUUGUUUGAGUCCAUAUACUGUAUGAAGGUUAAUCAAAACAUUGCCUUUAGUGUUUUACUCUUGACUUUGGCCAUGAGAAUGAUUGAUCACCAUCAAUGGAUUCAACCUUUGGACUUUAGACCUUUUUGAUGAAACAGCUGACAACAUGUGGAGUAAUGUUAAGAAUGAUUUGAUUAAAUGCUGCAUUAAAAGUCAGUGACAUUGAAAACUGUAUUUAAAUAAUGUUAAUAAUAGAGUAUAUUGCAAACAAAGUCUUUGACUCCUUGUAUUGUAAAUUUUUAUUUAAUAUGUUAGGAUAUUAAAUCAUUUACAGUA